AUGCCCAACGCUACAAUUCUUCCCUGGGAGACUGCAGUCGCUGCAGAGAAUGGCCUCACUCGUGACAAGGCCGUGGUGACUGACCUCAAGUAUUCAUUCGAUGCAUUAGAGCCCUACAUCUCCAAGGAGAUCAAUGAGCUGCACUACACAAAGCACCAUAACACCUACGCUGCGAACUACAACAAGUUUAUUUCCGAGUACGAAGAAGCAGUGAAGAAGAGCGAUAACGGUUCCAAGGAGCGUCUGCUGCCGUUGCUGCAAUUCAACGCUGGUGGCGUCAUUAACCACAAUCUCUGGUGGAACAAUCUGACUCCUCAGAAAGAUGGCGGUGGCCAGCCCCCGCCUGCCGACUCGGCGCUGGCCAUGGCAAUUAAGGACAGGUACGGCCAGCUCUCCAUUUUGACCGAUCUCGUCAAUGCUAGACUUGCCGGCAUUCAGGGCUCCGGCUGGGCGUGGAUUGUCAAAGACCGAUCGACGUCCUCUCUCGGUGUAAUCACCACGUCCAACCAAGACGUGGUUCCUGACAAUUACAUCCCUAUCGUAGGCAUUGAUGCAUGGGAACAUGCAUACUAUCUGCAGUACAAAAAUGUCAAGGCAGAUUAUUUCAAGGCCGUGUGGAAUGUUGUCGACUGGUCGGCUGCGGCAAGCCGUUUUGAAGCGUAA